AUGCAGUUCGCUGAUAUUACGUGUUAUAUAUUUUUUACGAUAACUUUAGCAGUAUCAUGCGUGGACUCAAACGGCGAAAUAACGAACGACAGAAAAGAACUAAGACUUGAAAAAAGAUACGGCAGACGAGACCCCAUUGUAAUGAUAGAAAACCCUGUGAACGGGGCAUUACAAAAACCUAAAGUUAUAUAUCGAAGAAUAUCUCAAUCACAAAGAUUUGUACCACCAAAGACCAAAUACGGAGUUCCCAGGCCUAGGUACAAAAGCCACAAACAAGCAAAAUACCCCAGAAAACCUGGCAAAAAAUUUAGGACCAAUCAUAGACCGAAACAUAUAGCCCCCAAAUAUUUGCCGCGAAGUAAUAAGCACAAGAAACGAAACUUAAAACCAAGGUAUGGACCUCCUAAACACAGACCCGAACACGCACAUUCAAUCAAGCAAUCGCCUUACUCCCACACUGCGUCUGGAAACACAGGUUUUGGAGAACCUCCUACGAACUAUGCAAACAACUAUUUUCCUCCAAAACAGAGUUAUGGUGAGCCUCCUGUAGACUCUUACGGUGUACCCCUUAAAUCAACUAACGAGAUACCAGUACAUCCUUCAGCAUCAAGCCUUCAGGAAAGCACACAACAGUAUGAUCACCAAAACUAUCAUCCAUCAUCUUACCCAACAUUGACCAACAACAAAGAUACUUAUAUCUCAUAUUCGAAAAAAAACCCAUCUUAUUCAAAGCCAGAUCCAGAUGAAACAUAUAUCACAACAACAACAACUCCAGACGAGGAGUUUGAUGAAAUUGAUUCAUUCCAAAUAAGAUUAAAAGACAAGAGAUUUUCAAAAAAGAAACCUUACUUCUUUGACAAUAGUUUUAGAGUCAAUAAACCCUGGAGAGGUAAAAAGCCUGAAUUUGAUUCAGAAAUAGUUGUUGGUGGACAGUACGCUGAACCUCCACCAAGAUACGUUGCCAAAUUUAAUCCAAGUGCACCAAUGUUUGAAGAUAACGAACAUUCAUUUGUACCUUAUAGUGAGUUUGUUAAUCGAAAGAUUGGCUCAUCAGCAACCAACUCGCCUUAUGUUAAUUAUAAAAAUAGUAACAUGGCAUUUAGUCCACAAAAUUUAAACGAUGCGUUCAGCAUAGUGUAA